AGCGGCAUGGAGACUCAAGGCAGCCGCUGUAAGAUCGUGGUAGUGGGUGACGCGCAGUGUGGCAAGACGGCGCUGCUGCACGUUUUCGCCAAAGACUGCUACCCGGAGACGUACGUGCCCACUGUGUUCGAGAACUACACAGCCAGCUUCGAGAUUGACAAGCACCGUAUUGAGCUGAACAUGUGGGACACUUCAGGGUCUUCCUAUUACGACAACGUGAGGCCGCUAGCGUACCCCGACUCCGACGCCGUCCUCAUCUGCUUCGACAUAAGCCGCCCAGAGACUCUGGACAGCGUCAUUAAAAAGUGGCAGGGGGAAACGCAAGAGUUUUGUCCCAAUGCCAAAGUGGUCCUGGUGGGCUGCAAGCUGGACAUGAGGACGGACGUCAACACGUUGAGGGAACUGUCAAAGCAGCGCCUCAUCCCUGUCACGCACGAGCAGGGCAGCACCAUCGCCCGGCAGAUGGGAGCGGUGGCCUACGCCGAAUGCACGUCCAAAGUAUCUGAGAACAGCGUGCGGGACGUCUUCCACGUCACCACGCUGGCGUCCGUGCGACGGCCACCGCUCAAGCGCAGCGCCUCGCGCCGGGGGCUCAAGUGCGUGUCGCAGCUGCCCCCGCCCCUGAGUCGGACUGAGCCCGCGGACCGAGCUCCCGUCCUGAGGAAGGACCGGGCCAAGAGCUGUGUGCUCAUGUAG